AUGGCUACAUCUCAAAUCGAGGAGGGAGUAAAACGCAUUAUUCUCAUACCGGUCGACGACAGUGAUAAUAGUGAAUAUGCCUGGGAAUGGUAUCUUCAGUAUGAAAUGCAGAAGGGCGACAGUGUCAUUUUCAUGCAUGUCCUUCAGCCCAAAAUCACAGCCUCAGCUGAACGCCGCGGGAGCCUGACUCUGGAUGUGCCGAUCAACUUUGACAAGGACGUUGCCAAGGCCAUGGAUACCUGUGCCAGUGCUGCCAAGAAGAUCUCUGCGCACUUCACAAAAGCGGCAAAGGACGCCGACGUACCCAGCAAGGUCCUACUGGAGUCAGGCAGCUCUCCGGGUUCGGUGAUUGUGAAGGCUGCUCACGACCAUGCUGUACAACUGGUCAUCCUCGGCAGUCGAGGAGUUGGAACUAUGCGACGAACUUUCCUCGGUUCGGUCAGUGACUACGUGGUCCACCACAUCAAUGUCCCGGUCGUGGUUGUUCCGCCAGCAGAUUCAAAGUAA